AUGAAGGAUCUUCCUGAACAAAAUCACACAUUUACAGACUUCACACUAAACGGUUUCCACAGCCUAGAAGAAUGGAGGCCUUUGUUAUUCAUCCCUUUCUUUCUGAUGUUUUUAUUGUCAAUCACAGCAAAUUCUACUCUCAUAUAUUUAAUCAAGUCACAACAAUCUCUGCACUCCCCUAUGUAUGUACUAAUCGGUUUUAUGGCGCUUUCAGACUUGACAUUGCCUAUGGUUUUUGUACCUCACAUGCUUCUUAACUUAUUAUUUAACUGGAGUGGCAUAUCUCUGAACGGGUGUUUGAUACAAAUGUUUGGCAUUUAUUUUGCUGGGUCCUUUCACUCGACUUUGCUUUUUUGGAUGGCACUGGACCGUUACUUUGCAAUAUGCAAACCUCUUUAUUAUCAUAAAUACAUGGAAAUUGGCAAUUUUAUGAAGUUUAUUGUUGGGCCAGUAAUGAGAAAUGCACUACUGGUGGUAACCAUGGUCUCUCUGGCUGGAAGACUGUCCUUUUGUACAAAUAUUAUUGAUCACUGUUUAUGUGAGCACAUGGCAUUGGUUCAGUUGGCAUGUGGUGAUAUAACCAUUAAUAACUUUGUAGGUCUUUUUUCUGCUUUUCUUAUACCAACUACAGAUUUUAUUCUCGUUGCUGUUUCCUAUGUUGUAAUUUUUGUCUCAGUGUUCAGAUCUGGUAAGGGCCAUUUAAAGGCCAUUAAUACCUGCGUUACACACCUUAUUGUCAUGUCACUUAGUUUGACUUUUGCCUUGAUUGCAUUUAUGUUAUACAGAAUACGGAAUGAAAUUUCUUCAAGUGGCCGAAUAUUCAUUAGCAUCUUAUAUUUACUUGUUCCAAGUUGUAUUAACCCACUAAUCUAUGGAUGGAGAACAAAAGAAAUAAGACUAACCUUUCUGAGGUUUAUAAAGAUUUAUAAAGUUUUGCCCAUUUAA